CACGCUCGCUUCUCUACUCCUACGAUUUCCCAACCCAGAUGUUGCUCUUCUACCCGACAUCGGAUCGAUGACCCUUACACAUGUUUGCUGCGUCGGAUCUGCCAACUACGGUGUAUGGCCUGUCCCAUGCGUGUUCCACGUAGCAGUGGGCCAAGCUAGGUUGUGGGCUCGCUUGACUGCACGCCAUGUGGUGAGCUAAUCUGCAAGUUUGGCCAGAGAGGUGGGAUAAAUGUAGACGGCUUCGCUUCUCGUCUUCCUCUUUCAGGAUCUGUACCUUCCGUGCUCCCUUCACCUCCUUCAACAUGGCCGUUCUACCCAAGUUCAGGCCCGGAUUCCGUCGAACCACGACCGACGACGUGGCCGGCUCUGUUGCUAUGAGCCCAAUGACGGAGAAUGAGAAGCACGCCGCUACCAGCAGUGCUGAGGGACCACGUACGAGCAAUGGCGAUGCAGAGGCGCCAGCAGCAGAACUUCCUACUGAGGAUGCUCAGCGAGGUGUCCAGAACGUGGAAGCGAUUACGCUGACGUGGUCAAAGAAGGCUCUUGUCGCAAUCUUCAUCAAUAUGUGGUUGCUUUACUUCGUCAAUGCAUUCCAGUCUUCAAUCCUGUACAACCUGGUGCCCUUCGCUACCAGCGAUUUCGAGACACAUUCCCUACUGACGGUCAUCUACAUCGUUGCCAACGCCAUGUCAGCGGCCGUGUACAUCCCACUCGCCAAGAUGCUCGAUCUAUGGGGUCGAGCUGAAGGGUUCCUUCUCAUGAUAGCUUUCGCUACUCUGGGGUUGAUCCUGAUGGCCUCAUGUGGCAGUCUCUCGACGUUCUGUGCUGCGCAGGUAUUCUACUCAAUCGGCUUCGGAGGCAUGACUUACAGCAUCGAUGUCAUCACGGCUGACGCGUCCAAACUGAAGAAUCGAGGGCUAGCAUAUGCUUUUACCUCGUCGCCAUACAUGAUCACGGCGUUUGCCGGCGCCAAAGCAUCAGAGGACUUCUACUAUAACAUCAGCUGGCGGUGGGGCUUUGGCUGCUUCGCAAUCAUCUUGCCCUUCGUGGCUGCACCGUUGUAUCUCAACUUGAAGUACCACCUGCGCAAAGCCGAGAAACAAGGACUUCUCAAGCGGGCUAAGAGCGGCCGUACAUUGACCCAGAACAUUUGGCAUUACACCCAAGAGUUCGACGCUGCUGGUGUCUUCCUCUUCGCCAGCGGUCUGACAGUCUUCCUCCUUCCCUUCACUCUCGCAGACAGUGCUCCCAACGGCUGGUCGACAGGCUAUAUCAUUGCGAUGAUCGUCGUGGGCUUUGUCGUCCUCGGUCUGUUCGGCUUGUAUGAAGCCUUCGUCGCGCGCACCCCCUUUUUGAGCGUCAACCUCCUCGCCAACCGCACCGUCAUUGGCGCCUGCCUUUUGGACUUCACAUACCAGGUCAGCUACUACUGCUGGAACAGCUACUUCACGAGUUUCCUGCAGGUCGUUAACAACCUGUCGCUUGCCGAGGCUGGCUACGUGGGAAGCACAUUCGACGUCGUCUCGGGCGUGGAGUUGCUGGCCGUUGGAUUCUUGAUUCGCAAAACGGGCUACUUCCGCUGGCUCCUCUUCGUCGCUGUCCCAUUGUACCUCUUCGCGCAAGGAUUGAUGAUCUACUUCCGCCGUCCGAACCAGAAGAUCGGAUACAUUGUCAUGUGCCAGAUCUUCAUCUCAAUCGGCGGUGCGAUCUUCAUCAUCGUCCAGCAGAUCAGUAUCCUCGCGGCGGCAGACCACCAGCACGUCGCCGCCGUCCUGGCCCUGUUGUAUGUCGUUGGCAACGUUGGCGGGGCCGUCGGGAACACGAUAUCCGGCGCGAUAUGGACAAACACGUUCGAAAAGGCGUUGGAGAGGUAUCUGCCGGCCGACGCCCAGAGCAGUAUCGAGGAUAUCUAUAACAGUCUCGACGUGCAGUUGAGCUAUCCCGUCGGCAGUCCCGAGCGCUUGGGCAUACAGGAGGCCUAUGGGUAUGCGCAGGCUCGAAUGCUCGCGGUGGGCACGGGAUUGAUGGGUCUGAGUUUGAUCUGGAUGUUCAUGAUCCGGAACAUCAACCUCAAGAAAGUAGACCAGGUCAAAGGUACCAUCUUUUAAAGUAGGACCAUGAUGGAAGACUGGUGCGUGUCGCCGUUUCCGGAGGUGAAAAAGGUCUGAAAUACUCGGCAAUCCAACUUCGGAUCCUGGCAAAUACAGUCAGGUAAUCGAGACGACGUAUAUUGAGAGUAAUGUGGAAGGGGUUCAAAGGACAGGGACCAUAAAGUGAAUCAGGGCGGUGGUAUAGUAUCAGCGACGAGAAUGAUCCUUCUGCCAGCCUUCAUCUGGGAUAGAAGAAGACCAGACGAAAGAUAAAUUCAUCGUUGAAAUCUGAUAUAAAGAAAAUUCUCCAGCUUGCUCAGCAAUCUUGUCCAAAGGUUCUUGCAAGUGAUCGUAUGCUACUACGUAGUCAUUCAUACACAUCAACCUCUGGACCAAGCAGAAAGCGAGAUUAGCAUUCAAAGGGGGAAUGAUGCAAAACAAUAGGGCCAUGGCCCUCAAUUGAAUCAACGUUGUCAGCCUUGACCUCUACAGUGCUUCAAAGGAAAUUGCGAGAUAGCCGUCACCAAGGAAAAAGAAAACACCCUCUUCGCAUUCAGUAUGGUAUGUCCC